UCUCGAUAUUCUUCAUGGUCGUGAAACAAAAUGGCCGCAGAGGGUGGAUGUUCGACAAAUGUCAGUAGUAGUGAUUAAACAUUUCAACUGAAUAAGAAUAUAUUUAUAUAUCUAGUUAUUAAAAUUAAAUAUUUUGAAGUAGUUACAUACUAUAAUCAUGAUUCGUUUUAUUUUAAUUCAAAAUAGAGCUGGUAAAACUAGGCUUGCUAAAUGGUACAUGAAUUUUGAUGACGAUGAAAAACAAAAAUUGAUUGAAGAAGUUCAUGCAGUAGUUACUGUUAGAGAUGCCAAACAUACUAAUUUUGUAGAAUUCCGCAAUUUUAAGAUUGUCUACAGACGAUAUGCAGGUUUAUAUUUUUGCAUUUGUGUAGAUGUAAAUGAUAAUAAUCUUUGUUACUUGGAAGCAAUUCAUAAUUUCGUGGAGGUUUUAAAUGAAUAUUUUCACAAUGUAUGUGAAUUGGAUUUAGUCUUUAAUUUUUAUAAGGUGUAUACAGUGGUAGAUGAGAUGUUUCUAGCUGGUGAAAUUAGAGAGACCAGCCAAACUAAAGUGUUGAAACAAUUAUUGAUGUUGAAUUCCUUAGAAUAAGACAACUUAUUCCUUUAUAAUGCAUUCAGAGGUACUUUGAAGAUUGUUUAUUUAUAAAGAAAGUUGGUAAUUAUGUAAUUUACAAUGCGUUUAAAUUAUUAAAAAGAAUGCAGGAA